GGAAAGAGCAUGAGUUUACUAGGCACAAUGAAUGUUGGCUUCUGGCUAGUUCCGUUCCGCGCGCUGUUCCAGCUCGAUCAAGCAGAGACCGUCUCCAAGCCAUUGUUGCAUGUCGACUGCGAGCAGUGGCAGAAAUGCACUGCCGAGCGAGGACCUCGGUGUUUUCGCAGCCGAUUCGGUGGCAACGCCGUCAGGGGACGAAGAACGCACGAUAACGACCAAAGGCUCGAUCUGGACAGACGGCUGAAGAAGGAGCGAGUAAAAACGAAACGGCGCUUUUGCAAGCCGAUGCGAACCACCAAUAAUCGUAGAGGAGGUUGUCACAAGCAAAAGUCGCAACCGACGACGGCAGGAAAGGAGCGAAAUCAGCGGAUGGAAAAAACGGCGCGACUUCCAUGCCAAAGCCGUUUUACAGCUCCAGUAGGUAUUCAAGCGAGGGCUCCGGCAUGUUGCCGUCUUCUAACAACCACCCGCAGUAACGUGGGCGCUCUAGGCGACCUUGGCUCUGACAAAGAGGCGUGUCCUGUGGAUUACAAAGCUGACGUAGCGACUGAUCCGGAAUACAUCAACGAAACCGACAAAGAAAUUACAGCGCAAGGAGCCACUGCCGUUCAAGUCGCGGAGGAUUCCAAAGAAGCAAAAAUCAACAUCGAAGGGCUUUUACGGAUUGUCUUUCAAACCUUGCUGGAGGAGUGCCAUAUACCAAAUUUUACCACAUACACCCUAGUCGCCGACAAACAGUUGAUUCUUGCCCAAGGCAAGCCCGUGGAGUUCACCUUGUACACGUGGAAGUUGUGGCGCGACCGGCAUCAUUGGGCAUCAUUUUGGAAAGAUCGGACAGCCUCCACGUACGCGCAACGACCAAUGGGCGUGACAACCGACAAAGUGAAAGAGGAAGAUGAUGCCGCUGCACCCGAGUCAGCAGACAAAUCCCAAUCAAAAGCUAUCUCGGAUGGCGCAACGGAACCUCCAACAAAACAGGAGCGGUCACAGGAACUCCUUGGGAAUAUAAUGGGAUUGCUCGCAGGGAUCGCCAUUCUAUUUCUUUUUGUGUCCAUCUUGAAGUGGGAGUAG